UCUAGUUAUAUAUCUGACAAAAUUAUUAAGUUGACAUCUGUCACAACAUAACCUACAAACCAAUGGCGGACGAUGCAAUAUUUGAUUUUUUACAUUCUGAAAUAGUAAAUUAUGUUCUUGAAAGAAACAUUGAGCAAAACAAAGAUGGCAAAGAUGAAGACUUGUCUAAUAUCGAAUACAUUGGUUUCUCCACUGGAUAUAGAAUAAUAGAAAGGUUAACCAAGGAACUCCCCCGUUUCAAAGAUGAACUAGACACAAUGAAAUUCAUUUGCACAGAUUUUUGGUCAGCAAUUUACAAAAAACAAAUUGACAACUUAAGAACCAAUCACCAGGGCGUGUAUGUAUUACAAGAUAACGCAUUUAGAUUUCUCACUAGACUAUCAAAUGGGAAGCAAUAUUUAGAAGCAGCACCAAGAUAUGUCACAUUUACUUGUGGUGUUAUUCGAGGGUGUUUAGCUAAUUUGAACAUAAAUUGUCUGGUCACAGCUGAAGUGCAAAACAUGCCAUCCUGUAAAUUUCAUAUUCAAGUGCAGAGAACAUAAAAUUAUGUACAUUCCAUCAAGAGACACUCAUUUAAGUUAUUUAAAUUAAUGUAGAAAGUAUAUAUCCAAUAUUUAUAAAAAUUAUAUAAAUAAUUGUACCAUAUUAAAAAUUGCUCUUUAAUAAAAGUUAUGGCUAUAAACCAG